GAAAACUGAGUGAAGAUUCUGAACCAAAGACAAUGUGCGAUUAAUAAAAAGAAAAAAAAAAACUCGGUUUGGGAAUGACGAAGGGGAAGCAUGAAGUAGAAAAAGAGUUGGAUUCUUCAGACAAGAAAGCUUUUACGAUUGACUGGAACUCGGUGCUGGAAGACGGCGGUGGCGACGGAAAAGAACAUAAAGUGCCGGAGUUGCUGAUUGUCAACACCCAAAAUCCUCUCCCCGGCGAUCAGAUGGACUGCCACAGAAACCUAACAGAUCACGCGCUAGACGAGCAGCUGGAGCGUAGCAAAUCGCACCUUGUGAAAUUAGGUCCUAGCCUACCCGACAAUGGUGAGAAGAUCCGUCUCAAUAUCGCUAGCCUCGAAGCCGAGAAGCAACGCAGGGUGUUACAUCGCUCCAAUAUGGAUGCGGACAGAAGUUCGAAGCUCAUGCAUGCGAGUACCUCAGGUUCACGAGGGAAUGCAGCUUCAACAGAAGCCUCUAGACAAACGAAUACGGACUCGAAAGAAGUCUCACGGUCUACAUUUGCUGCUGUUUUCAGUAAACCCAAACCGGAUACUCAGUCAACGAAAGCGUUUUGUAAAGAACUAGAAGAUUUGGGAUGUGCAAGUGUGAAACCCAAGGCGGAGAAAAAGAUCGUGACAAGGCAGAAGAACAAAUGGCGGAUUUUGUCAAAGGCAGUGGAAGAAAAGCAGACAGGGAAUCACAAAUCCAAUGGAUCUUAUGGGAAGAAAAAGUACAAGGAAUCUUGCACUUACUCCCUUCUUGAUGAUGAUGAUGACGACUCCAAUGUCCAUAAAACUCCCAAGGAGUGGUCUUGGGAAGAAUAUCCAUCACAGAGUUCAAAGCGCCAUAAGAACGCAGAUGAUUCAGUGAUUAACAUAGACGAAGAAGAACCUCAGCCUUCAACGGUGGCAGAUCAAACAGUUGAACUGCCUGAAGGCUUACAGGAAGAUAUAUGCUACCCAUCAAGUGAUGAUCCACACUUUGUUCAAGUUUGUCUUAAAGAUCUUGAAUGCCUUGCACCUCAAGAGUUUCUAAACUCUCCGGUCAUGAAUUUCUACAUCAGGUUCUUGCAGGAGCAGCAGGUAUCUAACUAUUGUCACUUCUUUAACACCUAUUUCUACAAGAAGCUCAGUGACGCUGUUACAAACAAGCGAAAUGACAAGGCUGCCUCUUUUCUGAAGCUCAGGCGGUGGUGGAAGGGUAUUGAUUUAUUCCGUAAGGCAUAUAUAUUUAUACCAAUACAUGAGGAUGUCCAUUGGAGCCUUAUAAUAGUUUGCAUUCCUGACAAGGAAGAUGAAUCCGGAUUAACCAUACUUCACCUUGAUUCAUUAGGCGUUCAUCCGAAAAGAUCAAUUGUUGAGAAUGUAAAAAGGUUUCUAAAAGAUGAAUGGAACUUUUUGAAUCAGGAUGAUGAUUAUUCAUCAAAUCUACCUAUCUCAGCGAAACUAUGGAGAAACCUCCCGCGCAGGAUUAACGAAGCUGAUAUAAAGGUUCCACAACAGAAGAAUGAUUUUGACUGUGGUCCGUUUGCUCUCUUCUUUAUUCAGCGGUUCAUUGAAGAGGCUCCUCAAAGGCUGAAAAGGAAAGACCUUGGAAUGUUCGACAAGAAGUGGUUCAAACCUGACGAAGCCUCUGCUCUGAGAACCAAAAUCCGAAAAACACUCAUCGACCUUUUCUGUGUCAGUGACCAGACUGAUCGCCACAACGACCCAUCUGAUGACAAUGGAGCAUCCCAGUCAAGAGAUAGAUCACCGCUCUAACAGAGUUUUAAUUUUUGUUUGUAUAGGCGAUCUCAUCAUUGUAGUUCCUUACUUUUCUGGAAGUUAAUAUUGUUGAAAACGUCUGAAGAAAAAAAUUUAAAAUUGUUAAAGAACCUCUGAAGAAAAACUUGUUGAAAUCUAAUCAAUGUUAUUUCACAA